AUGAACGAAAAGUUAAUCCACGAGUCGCUGAACAUUGUUUCCGGGGACCCGGGGAACCGCACAGAUGACAUAUCAGAAGUUGGCUGCGGCGUAAGAUGCAAAAUAGAUCAGUGUGAAAAAGGAUGCGCAGCAUGGGAACAGGCCCUGGAAACAAGUUGCCAAUCAACAUGUAACGGUACACAAGAAUUACUACCGCCGAAAGAACUCUACUGUGUACUAGGAUGCCACGACGCGUUGAAUCGAUACUUUCAACAGCUAAAAGCGGAAAUAGGUGUUCCACCGGCGCCAGCUCUUGUCGCGGAUUCGCUGACAGCCACGUCUCUGAGACUCGAGUGGAAAGGGGUUGACAUUAAGAGGCGAGCCGCGGGAAUUUCUUAUUUGGUCCAAUGGAGGUACGAAGAGCUCGCGGAAACCUGGCAGUACUGUCGUAAUCAGUCUUGGGGAGAAGAUGAUCAAAUUCUGGUGGAUAAUCUCCAGCCAUAUACCAAAUAUAGGUUUCGGGUAGCCUUGCUGCUGAAGUCGUCCCAACACAAUCCCGAGCCGAUAGUGUCAGCCCCUUCGGUAGUUAUACUGACAUUAGCUGCGGGUAGCCCCUCAUCAGCACCGGUAAUUGUAAGAGCAGCGGCCGUCGAUAGUUACAGGGUCUCUGUAUCUUGGGAACCAGGACCUUUUCCCAACGGUCCAUUAUUGUCCUAUGUUUUACAGUUGCAAGGAGAUGAUUUCUUCUUGCUUAACAAGGACAUACCAGCGUCUGAGAACACAGACCACUAUAUGUUCCAAAAUUUGAAGCCGAAUCAAAAUUACUCCGUAAGUGUAUCGAUGAGGAAUGCAGUCGGGGAUGGACCUCCAGCGGUUACAUACAUAACGACGCCUCCCGAGCCAGCUGUAAAAGACACACAACAACCAAUACUAAUCUUAGGCGGCGAGCAUGUGGUGAUGAAACAAGGCGCGGACAUGUUGGAUGAACCAAGUAUAAUUUACCGAGCAAACGGUCGCAUCCGCGGAGUAGCAAUUCACGUUUCUUCGGCCCAAUUGUUCGUGUCCGAUUCAAUGGGGUACAUUUACAGGACUACAAUACUGAAAGAAACUGAGCCCAUUGUUGUAUUGCGACCAGACCAAGCGAACUUCAAGCCUUUAAGCUUGUCAGUAGAUUGGCUCAACUCCCAUCUGUACAUUUUAGGCGAAGUGAAUCAUGCGACGACGGUCUGGCAAAUAGCAAGAUGCAAUUUGGACGGCAAAGGAUUGACCGUAGCGAUGGCUGGGUUCAUGACCCGACCGACGCACAUCGAAGUGGAUCCUUACAAUGGCUACUUAUUUUGGGUUACUCGGGGUGGUUUAUUUCGUUUGGACUUGGCAGACAUCAGUAAUGGGAUAAAACACGAAGUUCAGCCCUAUCUUAUCUUAGAAGACACACAUUUGGGCGCGUUUACAGUCGAUCAUACUAAUUUUAGACUACUGGUACCAGAUCACACUCAAAAUACGGUGAUAAGUGUGUCUUUAGAUGGCCGAGAAGUUUUGAACCUAAGAGCAAACACUCAGCAGCCAAAGUUCACGCAUGUAGUGUCCUUGGCGAUGGCCAAUGGUCUGUUCUACUGGACAAAUGGCGUGGAAGUAUUGACGGAAGGGUAUCACUCCGGACAGAAUCGGUACUUUCACAAUGCGUAUCCUGAUAGAUCAGACGGUUCUUUUGUGAGCGUGAAUGUCUUUAUGGACGCAAGCCAACCAGUUCCGGUGCCAGUGAACCCUCCAACAGGGGUUCAAGCAGUUCUAGGAGCAGAAAGAGCUAAAGUAUCCUGGCAAGCUCCGCAUCUUCUUGGUGGUCAAGGAAAAGGCGCUUGGCAAAACUGGUCCUAUGAACUGGAGAUCAAAGACGAGUCUACUGGCCACACUGUUCAGCAACGGAACAUUACUGGCUCCUCGCAUACUGUUUACAAUUUGCGUGAAAAGUCAGAGUACACUAUCAAAGCAGCGGCUUAUACACACGCAGGCCGCGGACCUUGGUCGAGCGAGUUUCGCGGAAAAACUCUGCGAGAAAACUCACAUGCUUCUAUUCUCUGGUCUGCGAAUGAAGGAUUGCUGAAGAGUGAUGUUACUGGGGAAAAUGUCAAUACUUUGAUCUACAAAGAUAUGCUGAAGGACAACGACAAUGACUACCACAUAAUUGAUGCGAGUUGGUACGAAGAUACUCUGUACUUUGUAGGGAAUAACUCCGCGUUGUAUCGCUACAAUAUUACGAGUCACCAGAAAACUAAGUUGAACAUCAAUUCUGUUGGAACAGUAGCCGUUGAUUGGUUUGCAAAAAAGUUGUACUGGGCGAAUCCGAAGCAGCAGAUUAUAACUCGCGCUAAUUUGAACGGAACUCAGCAGGAACCGAUGUCGAUACUCGCGAUAGUUAAAGAACUGAUCAUUGACUCUCAAGAGGCGUAUUUAUACUGGUCUACUGGUCACGCUGUUGAAGUAGCGCGUCUUAAUGGCCUAGACCGGCGUUACUAUCAUUCAGACGAAAUUUUCAAUGGAAAACAGGUUAUGGGUUUGACGAUAGACACUGAAAACAGGUAUGUCUACUGGAUAGUUCGAAGCUACGAAAGUGGAUCGAUUGUGUAUCGAGCGCCCACUUCAGAAAGAGUACCAAUGAACCAACGGUUGGUACCGGAAAAAGUUUCGUCAUUGCAGUACCCAAAUAUCCAAGGACCACUUUGUUAUUUUUCCGAGCACCUGUUAUGGUUACAAGACGAUCGAAACGCAGUUAUUGGCGACUUGACUGGCCAAAACACUGCAAUGAUCAAUGGGAUUAGUUUGAUUGGUCUGCAUAUGGUAGCGAUAAUGGAUCCUGCUCUGCAUCAGUACCCUCCGGGCUUGACGGCUGACAAUAUCACGGUGAUACCUCGCGCAGUUUCGUUAAAUAGCAUUAGAGUGAUAGGUACUUGGGGUAAUUUCAAUGUUUCCUGGGAUCCGGUGAAUAAUAUCAACCAUGGAACUGUUUUCUAUGAAGUUAAGUUCGCGAAUUACAUAAACGCUAACGCUAAUCCCGAAAUAACAACGAAUACUACGAUGUUGUACAACAAUUCCGAGCAAAUCUUGCCGUAUUCGUUGUUGGAGGUUACUAUCAAGGCUUUUACUUACUGGGGAGCUGCGAUGCACACCCGAAAAGUCCUGAGAUCGCCUCAGAGCGAACCUACGCAGCCUACCAACGUUCGUGGGUUUGUUGAGUUCAACAGAGCGCCAAUCAAUAUCGAUGCGAAUGAACAUCAUCAUGAUCAUCAUGAUAAUGUUGAUAUUACUAUAACAUUCCGAUGGGACCCACCGGAAUAUCCAAACGGAAUCAUAAAAGGUUACAAUUUACACUGCUGGUUUUUGAACAAUAGCAAAAAUGUCGACGUGUUCAAUGGCCUGGAAGUACAGCACGAUAAAUGGGAGUACGUUGUGAAUAACCUCAGGGCGAAUACAACAUACUACUUUGAAGUACAAGCUUUCACGGAAGUCGGAGCAGGCUCGUUUGCUGACAUGAUUAAUAUUUCGACAGAGAACGAAGAUCCGGUGCCUCAAUUGAUCGUUGCAUCGGUUGACGCUCUUAAAUUGGUGGAUCUUGAUUUGAAGAGUGAAGUUAUUUUGACGAGACACGUCGCCAUUGAAAUGCGUUACGUCACGCUCGAUGAUAAGCUUUAUUGGAUCAACGAAAUGCAGGAAAUAGUGAUGGCCAAUUUUAACGGUACCAAUACCACGAAAAUAUUGUCGCUCAACAACACUGCUACUUCAAUGUGCGUCGACUGGAUAUCAAGAAACUUGUAUUGGUCCGAAUACCAACGCAAGUCUGGGGUCAGCAGUAUCCUGAAGCUAGACUUGACCGCUUGGGAGUCCUCUGGAACAUUGAUUUAUGAGAAGAUAGUAACAAACAGCAGAAAUAUCAUUAAUUUGGAAGUAUCUCCUUUGACUGGUGACUUGUUCUGGAUUGAAUUAACGGCAGGAAAGCAUGGAAGUAUUGUGCAAUCAGAUCUGUACGGUUCUAACAUAAGGCCUUUCUUCAACCACGAUGAUACUGAUUGCUCGUGUCCAUACCGACCGUUGAUAAAGCCUUCAAUGACCAUAGACAGCACGGAUCCUCACAACCCAGUGAUGUACUGGACAUCGAUGGAGGAGCAUUUGAACAUCGCGGGUAUCAAUGGCUGUGUUUGCAGCGAGGUGAUAAGCUCAGGAUUCAAUCGUGGGCUACCUCCAAUUUCUUUAACAGCGGACAAGAUCAAUGUUUACUGGCUAGACACUGCUGGCAGUGGAAUUCACUACGUCAAUAAAAAUUACCCCUACGAGCAGGACAUCAAGCGAAUUUACUUCGACAAUAUCAGAACCAUCAAAGCAAUUGGAAAAUCACUGCAGUCCUAUCCAAAUUCUGACUGUUUGAUUCCAUACCAAAUGUCUUACACUGUCGAAGAAUUGGUUAAGAAGUCUAACAGCAUCACGGUGAAGUUACCAAACCCAGAAACCCAUCUAGGCUGCGAGAAAUACAAUCUACCGGGAACUCUGUUCACAAUUCAGGUUUCAAGAUGUCACGAUUCAACAACCUGCGAUACAAACGACAUCUUGGAGUUCAAAACUUACAAGAAAGAGUUUGAGAUUGUAAACUUACAGCCGUUUACGAUGUACCAGUUCAAAUUGGCGCUCAGUAAUUACUACAGCGAUAUUAUCAAAGUGAAACGCGAGUUUGGGAAUCCUAUUGUUUUGAGAACUGCUGCUGGCGCUCCUUCAGCGCCUCAGAACGUCACAGUGAAGUCUUGUACGCCAACUUUAGCCGCAGUUUACUGGCUAGCUCCGCGGAUAUUAAACGCAGCCGCAGUAAGAUACGAGAUUCAUUGGCGGAGUCUUAGAUUGGUUAACGGAGAGCGUCCAAAAGGGGAAAAGUUGAUUAAAAAUCUCGGCAAAGCUGCCGAUGGGAGGUUCAUGGAACUUUUGAAGCCUCUGCUUCCUGGGCAGGAUUAUUUGGUCUACAUCCGAGCCUAUCCGGCGGAUUCUAACGAUACUUAUGGAGAAAGCGAGGGUCAGAUUGUCAGCAUGUAUCCAGAACCUAAUAAUCUGACGAAUAUCGCGAGUAGCGUCAACACCUUGAAUGUUACUUGGGUACCGAUGGUUAAUGUAACCAUUAAUCACACCCUAGAGUUCACUGCCGUCGGCUUAGAGAAAUGGCAAGUCGCUGAUAGUUUUGCCGUCGGUAAAGACAACAAAAUUGAAUACUGCAUUCGCGGAUUAAUGCCAAGAACGCUCUACAAAUUCAGAUUGAUUCUUCGGUAUCCAAACUACCAUGACGAUUUCGUCUGGCCCGCAGAUGCGAGGUUCACCUUCCAAACUUCUGGAGAUGUCCCUAGUCCUCCUGGGAAGCCUAGCGUUACUAAGCUCAGGAAUUCCGUGUAUCAGUUGAACUGGGAACCGGCUCGGGCUCACGGCUCUCAGGUCAAGAUGUACCGAUUGGAGGGUAAAAUCAUCGACAACGAUCUCGACGGCUUAAAAGCUGGUCAAGAUAACGAAGGAUGGAAGCUUUAUUACACUGGUACGGACAAUUACUGGAUAAUCGUCGGAGAAAUGAAUCAGAAGUACAAGUUUCGUGUUCAAGCUACUAAUGCUUACGGGUCUGGCGGGUGGAGCGAGACCAGCGGAAUUAUCGACCUUACUGAUACUAUCGGGACUACUUUGGCGAGCCAACAGCAUUUGGGAUUAAUUUUGGGAUUGAGUGUGCCUUUUGUUAUUAUUGUAUUAAUUUGUUUCUGCUACUUCCUUUGCUUGUACAAUAGACGGCGUAAAGAAGUCAAAAAGUCAAUUUUACCGCCGGUGAUGUCAGAUGUCGAAUUGGCAACACUCAGGGAAAUACCGAGGGGCGUCUCUAACAUGGCUUACUUUGCUGACGAGAAUCAAAUUCAUUAUUCAGGUAAUUCAUGGAAAUCAAGUAGUUCAGAAGGAAGCCGUGACAUGCAGCCGUUCCUGCAAGACACGAGCAGCACAACAGUAACAACAAUACGUCUUUCGGACGUAGAGUUACCUAAAUACCUCGAAUUACUAGCGGAGAGUUCCGGCGUGAUAAUAAAGCCCCAGACCGACGAGUACGAGGUCCCGCGGUCGAUACAAAUCGUUCCAAGUCUCGCUGAUAAGAAAAUCGGACAACCGGACUUGGCGACAAAGCCCAGCGAGCUUCCUCGGCGCGAGAUAACCCCAGAGGACCGCGAGCACUUGGAUAAUAUAUUGUCCCAAAUCGGGACUCUGAAUACCACCGAGAGGAGCAAAACGCUGGACAACUUGAGAUUGAAAAAUAACGCGAAAGUUAUAAAUGCAUUUAAAAAUGGUCUUAGAGCCUCUUUGAACGAACGAACUUCAAGACAAUUGUCUAGUAAUAUUAAUAAUAAAAAUAAUGAUGGAAGCUCAAAGAUUAGUUUAGAUGAUAGAAAUUGUAGCUCACUCGGUUCAUCUAUAAGUUCACUGCGCGGAUCAUUGCCAUCAACCCGGCCGAGCUCCUCGGUCCUUGGCUCUCAACAUAAUCUUCCAUUGAAAAAUAUCAAUCAUAGUAAUAAUUAUAAUUACAGUAAUAACAACAACAACAAUAAUAAUAAUCUCGUUAGAUAGCAAUCAUAGUUCGACAUCGUCUUCCACGUCAAUAACGACGACGUCGAUCGCCCCGAAGGAUAA